GGUGCCAUACUUGCUCUUGUCACGGUCCGAUGUUGUGAUGUCCACCGCCCGGCCCUCGUAAUGGAGGGACUCCUCAAAGUGAUGGCCAUCCUCGUCCCAGCCCUCGGUGACUCGCAGCUUGACACCGGGCCACUGGUUCAUCACCGAGAUGGCCAGCGAGUUCAGCUUGUCUUUGCAACGCUAUGGAGGAGACAGAAGACCGGAUUCCAAACGAGGCAGCAGGUUGGUGAUCACCUCAGUAGCCCUCCAGGAUCACAUCACCAGGAGCCUUCUGGAACCCAAUUUUUCACUUUCGGACCCGGUGUUGACAUUCAAAAGCAAAGCGCACGCAAUUUCCCACUCUAGAGAGAGAGGAAGCCGAAGUGAUGCUCCUCUGCGAUUUGGAGAAGAGCGAGAAUAUGUGCUUGAUCCUGCUCCGCCACCUCCAACGUUGGCUCAAAGGAUGGGCUUGGUGGCUUUACCGCCAGAGAGGCUGAGCGAGGAGGAGUGGACUAUGGUGAAGGUCAGGUCGGUCCAACAACGGGAAUCGGAGCAGCCUUGCGCAAUAUGCAAGGAGGCCUUCCGCCUUCAGGCUCAGGUGUUGCUGUCCUGCUCACACGUUUUCCACAAAGCGUGUCUGCAGGCCUUCGAGAGGUUCUCCGGCAGGAAGUGCUGUCCCAUGUGCCGGCGGGAGCCGUACCAAACGCGCGUCAUCUAUGAUGCUGCACGCCUCUUCCGAAACCAGUGUGCCACCAGAAUUCAAGCAUUGUGGCGUGGCUACAUGGCCCGGAAGUGGUACGGGAAGAUCCGAAAAACCGUCUGCCCCAAAGACAAGCGGCUCCGACGCAAAUUCUUCGAAGCGAAGCUGCAGGAGCUGAGCGAGGCCUUCGUGCGACGCUGUCACACGGACACCGAAGCUUUUCUCAGCGAUAUCGACCGCUCGCUGUCAUCGAGCCGCCGAGUGUUCCAGCAGCUGGAGAGAAAAAAAUAUGUCACCGAGCCUCGAGAGGACGACUGGGAGCGCAUACAGAGUCAGGUUAGCCAGCGGGGGGCCAGCGACUGCCCCAUCUGCCUGACGCCACUGUGGGCCCCAGAAGCAUCCGGAAGGUCUUCCAGCUUCAACCUCCAUCAACGAAGAAGACGCUCAGUGCUGCUAUCCUGCUCCCACCUCUUCCACCAAGUCUGCCUGGACGCCUUCGAGUCCUUCACCACCGACCGCGCACCCGCUUGCCCUCUCUGCAGAUCCGACUACCACAAGAAACUAAUUUAAAACAGAAAUCAGACUGAGGGAGUCCUGUGACAUCUUCAAAGCCUCUCUGGUCAAAUGGAUUGGACGAUCGAUUCAGUGUCUGCAAAGAUCUAUUUACAGCCGCAGUAAGCACUUCGGAGUCAUCAAGGACCUUUCACAAAAUUGCCUGCGAGGAGACUGGGCAAGGAUGACGGGGGAACCCAGUCCGUAGAGCUUACCACUGUGGUCUACGGUUGAUUUUGUAAUUAUUUUAUCGUUACUUACGAUUUAUGGGAGCUCAGUUUUUAUUCAUCUGGAAAAAUGGUGGACUUUCGGAAUCCAAGGCAUUGAUCUAUACACUGAAUUAUGUGAGGUUUCGUACCACACUGUCAUGACAGGCGGAAUUAUCAGGACCUAACCUAAAGACAGCAAGAACUGUCAUUAGAGUGCAAACAGUAAUGCCAAAUAUUAGCUCCUUGUCAGUCAAAGCUAGCUUUUUUCUCUGUCGCUGUUCCGUGUGAAAGGUACCAAACAAGAGAAUUUUCUGGUGGUCAAGGGAGUAUUAAAAGUGAAAUAAAAACGUGAAUUUAACCCCACGUGAGAGAUUUUUAAAAUUUAAAUUGACACUAGGAAAGCUUUGUUGUGUUGUUUUUCCCCUAUUCAAUGUCAUUUUAUUUUGAUUGCGGGAAAACCAAAUUCAAAACAUCAAUCCAUUAGUGCAAAGCUGGUACGUCAUCAAAAAGACAUGUGAAUGACUUUUGUCAAUGACCGCGAGCGCUUCGCCUUCAAACCUUACUUUCUAUUUUUUCUUUAAUUUCCUCAACACUUCCUCACAACCUUUUCAUCUACUGUAUUAAACAUCACAAAGCACAACUUGUUGAUAUUUUGCAAAGCUUCCAAGUGAAUCACUGUAUGCGCACACACACAUGCUAUUUGAACAGCUGUGAACUCUGCAUGUUUAUUAGUGCCAUUGUGAUAGGACAGUACUGCUCCUAACAUUUUUUUGUAUUUUUUUAGCUUAACUCCCAGCGUCCCCUUUUAACCCUUUCAGAGAAAACGGUCACUAAGUGGACAGCUAUUCAAAUUUGACUUUUAAGACAUUUAACCUCUUAUAAAGCAACUGACUAUUUUUGGUCAUUUAAAAAUAUAUACACUAUAGAGUGGUACCUCUACAUACGAAUUUAAUUCGUUCCAGGACCUGGUUUGUAAGUCGAAAUAGUUGUAUAUCGAGCAGGAUUUUCCCCCAAAAAUACAUCCUAUGUAUGUAUCCUAUGCCUGUUUUUGACAUACUGCGGGGCAUGUAGUCAACACAGAGCCGUGCCGAACCUGGAACGAAGAUGAAUCUUCUUGCUGAUAACUUUGUUUUUUUUUAUCAAAACACGGGCUCUAACAACAAUUCCUCAACCUGUGGAUCUCGGCUCACUGCUGCGUCACAUGAACAAAACAACAUCACCGUUGCGUGUGCUUCAGGGUGCCUCGGAAAACAUCCAAUCAGAAUAUUACACAUGGAACGCCAUAGCAGCAUUUGCUAAAAUGCUUAAGUUAGUAGGUGCAAUUGUAUUUUUUUCCCUGAAAAAGACAUUUUAUUCAUUCUGUGUUUCAGUGCGAUACUAAUAUUGUUGUCUUUUACUUAAAAGAGGCAUGGUCUAUUGUUUUAGUUGUGAUUUCUUAUUUCUAAAAGUAUUUUAUAAUUUAAGAGUAAAAAUUUAUUGUGUUUAAAUGGGUGUACUUUAUUAAUGUAUACUGUAUUCUCACUGUGUUAUUGUAAAUUGGUUUAAUUUUUUUUGGGGGGGUGGGCAAGAAUAUCGCAUAUCGCAAUAAUUUAUUAGAUAAAUUAUCGACUACUAAAAUUUGUUAUCGCGACAGGCCUGGUAAGAAGAAUUAUGGUGUGAUCGAUGUUAAGGGAGGGAAGAAAAAUACUGUAUAUCUUUGUACAUUUUUUAUACGACGUAUAAUACGUGUUUUUGGAUAGUUACUUUGAGAUUAAGGGUACAUAAACAGUUAAUUCAGAAUUGCGCGGUACAUAAAUUCGAGGUACGUCGCCAGCGUAAGAACGGAACCUGUUUGCAAACUGGGGACUACCUGUAUACCUAUAUUUAUAAAUACAAUGUUAAUAAAAACUUUGUCAUUAUUCCUUUUAAUUUAAUGAAUAAAUGCACACUGAUUAUGGCUCCAAGUAACACAGAGAAGUAGAUAAUUUUUCUUCAUCAUGUUUAACUCAUUACAUGCCAUUGAUGGCA